AUGGCAACAGAAGCGCCUUUGAAUAUCAUCGCUGUCGUCAAGCUGGCCAUGAGCCUGCGAGAGCCCCCGUGUAUGGCUCAGAUAGAGGGUCCACCACUCUUGGGGAGUUUCAACAAAGUGGUGAUUGUCAAGUUUGACGAUGACCUGAAAUGGGCCUUUCGCACUCCACGACCCGACGGAGCUGGAAAGGGUUUGCCCGCUGUACUCUUGUGUGAGCUGAUGAGGAGCGAAGUGGCAACGCUCGACUAUCUCGCCCGCUACAGCAGCAUACCCGUGCCCCGAAUUAUUCACCACAGUUGUACCGAUGUGAAUUCCAUAGGCGUCCCGUACAUUCUGAUGACCGUCGCACCCGGCGUGCCUUUUGCAGAGCACCUGAGCCGUGUACGCCUUGUCGGCGGUCAGAACCCGUCCGAUGCCGCUGCACGAAUCUUGAGGCAACUAGGAAAAAUCAGUUUUGAUUUGUCAAACCUCAGGUUCGACAAGAUAGGAUCCCUGUGGAAGAAGGACGACAGCUUUGGAGUGGGCGAAAUACGGGCACCGGCCUUUGUUACCCAAGACCGCUACGCUCUCUCCAUGGAAACGCAACGGGGCCCCUUUUCCACAGAGCAGGACUACUACAAGGCGCUGAUGGAUGCCCUUUUCGGACAUGUUCAGGACCUGUACAUGAGCAAUCAUUUCUUUCGCGGCCCGGCUCCGGACCCAGCAGAUUAUCCAGACGCGGACAACUACGAUCUCGUUCUGGAUCGCUGGAACGAUUUCAUGGCCGUCGGUGACAAGAUUGACAGCAGCGAAAAUCGCAUCCAGUACCACACAGCGGGUAAAAUUAUCCAGGAUAUCAUCCCCCAGUUCAGCGUACCUGAAGAUGACAGUGGUUUCCCACUUGGCCACGCUAAGCUUAGCAGCAAGAACGUUUUUGUCGACAUAAAUGGCAACAUCACCUGCAUCGUCAACUGGCAGUAUUCCUCGACCAUGCCACUGGGGCAGCUGCUCAUGACACCCGCGUUAACGAACCACCGAUGCCAGCCCUCCAUCACAGACCAUACGGCCUUUCGAGACGGUUUUGACGCUGCAGCAAAGGAUACCGUCAUUCGGCCUCCCGUCUCUUGGCUCUUGACCGAGGUGCUGUGGCAGUACAUGCGAUGGGUCAGUCUUGACAGCUACAACGACUUUGGCCUCUUUGAAGCGCUCCUCAAGUGGCACCCCGAGCUUGCCGGUCGGGAUGAUCUCCGGUUGAUUGAUGAGCUACGAGGCAGAGCGGACAUUAUAGAGGCAAGGGAACGUCUCAAGGAAGGGGAGCGCGGGUUGAUCGAGAUGUUGAGGGACGAGAACGCGUACUUUGAUGCGUUCAGAUACGGCGCCAAGAUACGCCGCAUUGCGAAAAUACUGACGGAGAGAUUUGUUUCGAGACCUCAGGUGCUCGGAAGGGAGUUUUGGAUGGCAAGUUUGAGUGAAGACUUUGGAAACGCCAACGGGCCCCGGAACUAG